GAUCCCACAGAGGGAAUCUUCCGCCGCCGUGUUUGCCGUAUCGCAUGGCCAACUCCUUUCCGCCGGCCGAUGCCCACUCCGACCAGCAUGAGUGGACUCCGGUUGUUUUAGAGUGUAAACACAUCAGGAAACCAGACGGUACUCCGCUCCGACUCCAUCUUCACUGCAUGCCAAAUCGUCCAAGAACUAAUGCUUAUCAACAACACCCCACAAACACCAUCACCACCGCCACCACCACCAACCGGCCUCCGGUGCCUCCCGAAGCCGGAGCGACCAAGGUGGUACGCCUGACCAAGAUGCUCUCGCCGGACAAUCGCCUCGAGGACGACGACGAGUUCGAAGACCUGGUGGAGGAUGUCAUAGAAGAAGCGCGCACAUUCGGUAACCUUGUGAAGGUCGUGAUCCCACGGCCCAGCCCCGGCAGUAAUCCGGCGGUUGCUGGAGUCGGGAAGGCAUUUCUGGAGUACGCGUGCCUCGACAGCUCCUCCCAUUGCAGGAGGAGUAUGGAUCGCAGGUGGUUUGCUGGGAGGCGAAUUGCUGCUUCGUUCUACCCUGAAGAGUGAGGACAUGUUUGCUGCUGGAGACUACGGCUAUGACGUAGACUGCCCCGAAGAUGAUGGAUAAAGUAUUUGGUAGUUAGUUAAUCUUUUUUUUCCUAGUGCCUAUAAGACAUGCACGCAAGCACAUUGUAUGAAUGUUCCAUGUGUUAUAUGUAAUUCAAACUAGGAAGUUCGAAGAAGAAAUUGAAUGAUCCUAUAUGAUUAUUUUCAGAUUAGCUUGGCAGAUUAACAGUGCAAAUUAAAAAAAAACUUGUGGCUGAUUAUCUGUUUACAGUAAAAUCUUGUUUUUCACUAGCAGAACUUGAGUUUCCGUUCAGGAUAGGUCACACUAAUGUUAUCUCAAAGUGAUUGUUUGGACGGCGAGU